AUGAACGUGGAGGAGAAAUACAAACUAUUUAAGGAAAAAUAUAAAGAGAUAAAGGAGCAAAAUGACAUCCUCAAGAAGGCCAUAGUGGAGUACAAAAAGGACAUUAAGCAACUGGAAAAAGAUAAUGAAGAACAGAAAGAUAAAAUUAGCCGCAUGGUGGAUGAGAACAACGACUUGUUGAGUAGCAACAGCCAGCUGUCCAGCAAAGUAGCGCAGCUGGCGAGUUCUCUGGAGGAUAAGAAGAAGGGCAACUCCGGGUGGCGGAACUUAAUGCUGCUUCCAAAAAACUCACGGGAAAACAUCGAAGAAUCCGUCGCGUUCGAGGAGCUCGAAAAUAAAAUAAAGGAAAAUGAGAUGCUGCACAAAAAAGUGGAAGACCUCCAGAAUGAGAAUAAAAAAAUAGAGGAGGAGCUGGACGCGUGUAGGACCUUCCACAAGGACAAAUUAAACGAAAGAGAAAGAACCAUUGACAGUCUUAACGAAAUUAUUACCAACUCAAGCAGAAGUGUUAUCAGGCUGGAACAGGAAAGAGACGAAAUGAGGCAACAGCUCGAAGAGGACAAAGGAAAUUUUGCCCGUGUCAUAGAAAACAAAAAUGAACACAUAAAGAAAAUGGAGAAAAUAUACAAAUCCAUGAGGAGAAAAUGCUAUCCAAAGUAUAAAGUCAAUUUUAAUAGAAUCCCGCUUUCGGCGAGACCCGAUCAUUAUGAUGGUUACCUGCAGCGCCAAAUCAACGAGCAUUGCAAGUUACUCCAAAGCCACAUCCUAAAUGCAAUACAAAAGUUGCAACAAUACCUUCUGAGCUGCAAAAAUACUUUUGCGUCUCAAGCAAACCAGUUAAUCGAUUUUUGUCACAAAACGGAGGGAGAACAGAAGGGAGAGAAGAAGGAUGACCAGUUGGACUAUUCUAGAGUUGCGGACCUAAAGAGGAUUUCCCAAAAGGAAGUGAGCUGCCUAGAGGAAGCGAUCAAUCUGUUAGACGAUCUCCGGACGUGUCUGCAUGGGAGCAAAGACAAGGUACACGUUCAGGCCCUUCUGCGCAACCUGGCCACCACCGUAAAGAAGAUAUUCCUAAACGUGAGCGUCUACCUCUGUGUCGAAGAAUACCUUUUUCCAACGUACACGACAUCGAAAUCCUUUUCACUCAAAAAUGUCGCUCGAGAACUGAAGAGAUUGAAGAGGCUUCUUCUCAAAGCCAUCCACUUUUUUGCGCUCCUCUUGUUUGUAACUCCAUACGAAAAUGAGAAGAUAGUGGAAGAGCACUUUAAAAAGAGAAAUGUCGUUAAGUGGGUCGACGAAACUGCAGAAGGAGAAGCAGAAAGCGGAAAAAAGGGAGAGCAGUACCAUGUGGAGGCGAACUACGAAGAAGCAGACACUAGUCUCCCUGACAGCGAAGACGACACUGUUAAGAGUGAUCAAAUGGUAAAGUUAAGAGGAAUUCAUUUUAAAGAAUUGCUGGAAGAAAGAGAAAAAAACUCUCUCUCAACAUAUGAACAUUUAAAAAACUGCUCAGAAGAAAAUAAAAAAUUGAUUACCUACUUGGGGAAAAAAUUUCACAGCCUGUUAGAAGACUUUUGUCACGCCUUAAAAUUUUUAAAGUCCUACUUCUCCUUUCGCAUUUUUGAGAUGAAAGGAUCUGAUGUUCUCCAUGUAGACAACUCCAGGGUGAUGACAGAAAUGUUAGACGCAACGGAGUCGCUCAUUAAUUAUCUUCAAACGUUCGAUGUUGUGGAGAAGAAGUCGCUCCCCUUAAUUGCUUUCCUGUCUUACCAAAGAUUUAACACUCGAAUGGCGUUCGAAGAGGAGAGAAAUUGCCUAAAUAGGAUCAACGAGGCGUUUAUUCAAACCAGGCAUAUCCCUUACGCCGUGUUGGAAAGCAGCUUCGGGAACCUCCAAAUGUGCAAGAAGGACAAGGACCAGCUGAAUAAGGCCCUUUUGCGGAAAACCAAGUUAAUCAAAAAGUUGAAGAGGAAUUGUAACCAGACUCUCGGCGAACUUAAGAAUGUCCUUCUGACCAACAAAGAACUGACCCUAAACAAUCAGUGCUUAAUCAGCUGCUUGCCCCCCAAACGGGAAACCAUCAACCAUGUGGGGGAAGACACAACCGAGGAGGGCAUCAAGAAAUAUGCAGAAAUGGUCUUUAACUUUGUCUCGUAUAGCAAUUUAGAGAAGCCUGGAUUAACAGUUCACGAAAAACAGCUCAUCGAAGCGUACGUCUGUUCAUGCAUACGUAUAAAAAACCUACACAUGGAGAUACGGAAGCAUGUUCUGGAAAGCCUACAAAACGGGUUCACCCUUAAAGAGGGAGAAAUACAAAAACUGAACCUCCAAAUAGAGGCGCAGAAGGAGGAAGAGAUAAAUAUUCACAAAAAAUACGAAGAGCAGAUGAAUACCCUGCACGAUUUAAUCAUCACCCUGGAGAAGCAAUUAUCCAAGCUCAACUCUGAAAAGAAUGUGAACAAGUUUUUGAUCCUCUGCUCCAUCUGCGGCAGCAAGAAUAGCAUCGGUAAAAUUGGGAAGGUGAAUCGUCCGAUAGUUCGGUCCUCUGAUCAUCCGGUCGUCUGA